AUGCAAGAAGUUUCUGCUUGGUGCAAUCUUCAACACUCCAAUAUCGCUAAGUUCAUUGGAGCUAUAAAUAAGAAGAACAUGUCAAAGAUAAAAAUGAAAUGUCAAAAAUGUGCAACACUGCCAAUAAAUGGAUGUUGCAUAGUUGUGGAAUAUGUUGGUGGAGGUACUCUUCAAUCCUAUCUUUCCAGACAUACAAUGAAGAAGAAAUUGCCUUUGGAUACAAUUAUACAACUUGCAUUGGAUGUUGCUAAAGGGUUGAGUUACAUUCAUUCUAACAAAAUUGCUCAUAGAGAUGUGAAAACUGAGAAUUUACUUGUUGACAAAAGUACUGGAAGAGUGAAGAUAAUUGAUUUUGGACUCUCAAGUGAGUUUUAUUCACUUGGAUUAGAUUAUCCUCCUAUGAUGGUCGGAACAAGUGGAACUAUGGGUUAUAUGGCUCCUGAGGUUUUGAGUGACGCGUCAUAUGAUCACAAGUGUGAUGUCUACAGCUUUGCAAUUUGCUUGUGGGAAAUGUAUACUUGUUUAGAUCCAUACCCUGAACGCAUUUCUCGAAGUAAAAUCUCACAUCAAAUUUACAAGGAUCGAAGGCCUGAGAUACCAAAAUGUUGUCCAAGACCAUUGUCAGAUAUAAUGGAGAAAUGUUGGGAUGUAAAGCCACAAAAUAGGCCAGAGAUGAAGGAAGUCGUACACAUGUUAGAAGCCAUUCAGACGACUACAAAACCAAGAAAGCACCACAUAUUUUGCUUUGCCUAG